CGACGUUUUCCCAUCGUCGUUCUCGUACGCCGGCAUCCCACCGAUGCGCGACGUCGAGCACUCCAUUCAGAUCGUGCCUGACUAUCGUGUUCACCACCAGGCACCCUACAGAUUCUCGAUCCCCGAGGCCACCGAACUCAAGCGUCAGCUUGAGGAGCUCCUGAGACUGGGUUUCAUUAAACCCUAGCAAUUCCCCGUGGGGUGCACCCGUCCUCUUUGCUCGCAAAGCGGAUGAAACUCUUCGUCUCUGCAUCGACUACCGCGGCCUCAACCGCUACACGGUUAAGAACAGCUACCCCAUGCCUUGUUCCGAUGAGCUGUUCGACCGCCUAGCAGGCAACCGCUUCUUUACGAAGAUUGAUCUUCGUAGCGGUUACCAUCAGAUCCGCGUUGCUGCAGCCGACCAGUUGAAGACCGCGUUCCGAUCGCGAUUCGGCCACUACGAGUUCACGGUGAUGCUGUUCGGUCUCACCAACGCACCCGCUACCUUCCAGAGAGCGAUGAACGACAUCUUUAGGGACAUCUUGGAGCAGUACGUUCUCGUCUACCUCAACGAUAUCCUAGUCUAUAGUCGUACCCUUGAGGAGCACCUCAGACACCUCCGCGACGUCCUUGAUCGCUUGCGCAGACAUGGCUUCUACGCCAAGCUAAGCAAGUGCCGCUUUGCCCAGCACAAAGUGAAUUUCUUAGGACAAAACGUGUCUGACCAGGGUCUCCACAUGGACGACGCAAAGAUCACUGUUAUUGCGGAGUGGCCCGCUCCCACAUCCGCCAAGCAGCUUUGCAGCUUCCUAGGCCUGACCAGCUACUAUAGUAACUUCAUCCGGGGAUACGCUAGUGCGAACCACUUGCCUUAUGGUUUGCUCCAGCCUCUUCCUAUCCCUGAGGGUCGUUGGCAGUCCAUCUCGAUGGACUUUAUCGGUUCUCUUCGUCCUCCGACCCCUCGCGGUCAUGAUGGUAUCCUAAUCGUCAUCGACCGCUUCACGAAGCGUGCACGCUUUGUUCCGUGCCGCUAUGCCAUCAGUGCACGUGAGGUCGCCGACAUCGUGUUCGACCGAGUCGUGUGUAACCACGGCUUACCUCUGAACAUCAUAUCUGACCGUGACCCACGCUUUACCAGCCGAUUCUGGCGACGACUCCACGAGGUAUACGGCACUCAGCUCCGCUUCUCCUUGUCUUACCAUCCUCAGACUGAUGGUCAGACCGAGAUCACGAACAGGACUCUCGGAGAUAUUCUUCGAAAGAUUGUUCGUGACGACCAGCAAUGGGAUCUUCAUCUUUCCCACGCGGAGAUAGCCUACAACCACGCCGUCUCGCCAGCCACGGGGAUGUCGCCUUACUAUUGCGACCUCGGCUAUCACCCUCGUGUUCCCGCGGACUUCCUUCGACCGUCCCAGAUGCACCCUGACACGAGUUGUCCCGCGCUGGAUGAUUGGGUUGCACACAUGACGUCGAUUAUGAAGACCGCACAUGAGCACAUAGCCGCUUCCCAGACUCGCAUGGCAGCACGUGCGAACCGAUCGAGAAUGGAGCAUCCAUUCAAAGUCGGUGAUGAUGUGCUUAUUCACGUCCGUCACUUACAGCUCGAAGCGGACACGCUUCGCAAGUUUCGGCGUCGCUUCUUUGGCCCAUGCCGCAUCCUCCAGGCCGUCGGUUCUGAUACGGCAUCUAGCCCGGUCAGCUUUCGGGUGAAGCUGCCUGACUACCUACGCCAGGCUCGUGUGCAUGAUGUCUACCACGUCUCGUUACUGCGUCCUUACCGCAGACCGUCUGAUCGUUUCUCUGCACGACAAUACGAGCGCCCUCCACCCAUCAUGGUGGACGGUCACGAGGAGUUCCUCGUUUCAGAUAUCAUUGGUCGCCGAGUCACCGACGACAACCCUCUCCACGUCGAGUAUCUCGUACGUUGGAAGGGUUACCCUGAUGAGGAGGCUACCUGGGAGCCCCUCGAGCACUUGCAGCACGCUCGCAUGUUGGUGCGUGCCUAUGACCGCGCUCGUCGUGCUGGGUUCACUGCUCCUCCUCAGCCCACUGACCCUGCUCCUUCUCCUCCGGCUGAGGAGACCGCUGAAGUUGAGCCUGCUCCAUCUGAGGCAGACCUUCAGCAGCAGCCGGAUGCUUCUGAGUGUCCACAACGCACUCGUCGUCGUCCUGCUCGAUACGACGAUUGACUCUGAAUUAUCUUCUCACGUCUUUGACUUCUCAGUACUCCAUCC